AUGGGUGUCCAUUCUUUAUGGGACAUUUUAGGUCCAACCGCUAGACCUGUAAGGUUAGAAUCCCUUCAUGAUCAGAAAAUGGCAGUGGACGCAUCAAUUUGGAUAUAUCAGUUUCUUAAAGCUGUGAGGGAUAAUAAAGGUAACGCAGUCAAAGAUGCUCAUAUUGUGGGUUUUUUUAGGAGAAUAUGUAAGCUUUUGUUUUAUGGGAUAAAACCUGUAUUCGUAUUCGAUGGAGGAGUACCAGCGCUUAAGAAAGCUACUAUUCAAGAAAGAAAAGAGAAACGGCAAGGUAAAAGGGAUAGCGCAGCUGCUACAGCUAGAAAAUUACUUGCUAUACAACUUCAGAAACAUUCUGAAGGUUUGGAUUUAGAUCCUAAUGCUAUUCCCAAUCAAGAUGCUUCUUCUAAAAAUAAUUCCAAUAAAAUAUUCAGACCACAUGAUGAAUGGCAUUUACCAGAUAUCCCUGGAUUUAAAAUCGAUGAAGAUGAUGAUAGAGUUCUAUCUGCAAAAAACUACGAUCAGAUUGUUAAUUCUAUUACUGACGAAUGGAAUGGUAUUGAUUUAGAUUCUAUAAAUCCAGCUUCAAAAGAGUUUGAAGAACUUCCGAAAGCUACUCAAUAUAUGAUACUGACAACUCUAAGAUUAAAAUCAAGAUUGAGAAUGGGAUAUUCCAAAGAACAACUAGAAGAAUUAUUUCCAAAUAGUAUGGAUUUUUCCAAAUUUCAAAUUGAUAUGGUGAAAAGAAGGAACUUCUUUACGCAAAAGUUAUUAAAUACCACUGGUGUCACUGAUGGUGGGGCUUCAAAAAUGGAAGAUGAAGAAGUGGUAAAUAGAAUAUCAGGUCAAGUGCAUAAGGAAUAUAAAUUAGCUAGAACAGAUCAUGGUUGGGCUCUGGGGUUCGGAGAAUAUGAUGGUUCAGAAAUCGGGAAAGCCAUCCAUUUAAUAGAUGAUGGGGAAGUUAAUGCAAAUACUAUACAAUUAGAUUCCAAAUUAGUAUCACAAAGAAAUAAAAAUAACGUAAAUGACAUCGAAGAAAGAAACAAAAAUAAAUAUGAUGAUGAAGAUGAUGAAGAUGAUGAGUCAAUGGAAUGGGAAGAUGUUGAAUUGAAAUCUGAUGGAACAAAGAAGAUUGAAGAUUUUUCUCUAAAGGCUGCUAGACUAUAUCAGGUACAAAAGCCAGAUAUGGCAGCUGGUGGUCAGGCUUUUCUAGAUAAAAGAAUUGAUGCUGAUUAUUCGCCAGUAAAACUGGCUGGAACCAUUAAAAGGAAAGUAAUUGAAAAUAUACCAAGUGAAAGUGAUAAUGAAGAUGAUUACUUGAGACAAAUUGAAGAAAUUGAACUUAUGGAAGCUAUUCAAAAAUCAAAAAAAGACACAGGGGGUAAAAAUGGAAAAAUGUCUGGAGAAAUAGAAAGCGUAAAAUCAACAUUUACAAGUCAAUUUGUUACGAAUGACAGUUCGGAGAGGAAACUUAGUACAAUUUUAGAUCAGGAAAAUAAGAAGCUUCUUCCUGAAGUAACUUCAAAUUUUAAAGUGAAAGAGCACCAUAAACAAAACAAUAAAGAAUUUUCAAAAUCUUUCCCUAGUGAGAACGAACAAAAUCUGAAUCUUAUAUUAAGUAAAAUUCCUGGGUUCGAUAAAGCUAUUGCAAAUGAAUCAAUAUUAUUUAGUAAUGCUCAAAAUAAAACAGAAAAAAAUAUAAUAAAAGAGAAUAGAAAGGAACAUGAUAUUAUUGAGACACCUAGUUGGUUCGGUGACUCAAAUCAAUCUACAAUAAAUCCGUUUAUAUCCAACAAAUUUGUCGAAGAUAAAGAUGAAGUAAUAGAUAGAGGAAAUUAUUCACAAAAUAAUAGUAGCUAUGCUCUGGUUUCAGGUUCCCGUGCAUUCGAUAUGAUAGAGGCACACACGACAUCUACAUCGGACCUCAACAGUAAUGAAAACGAUGUAGUUGAGAUUGUCAGCGAUAUUGGAAGUGAUACUGAAAACAAUAAUUACGAGGCGGAUCAAAACAAAGAUGAGGCUGAAUUAUUGGAACUAGAAUCUCAAGAGAAAGUAUGGACAAAAGUUGAUCAUAUAAAAACAUCUGAUCCAAACGUUAAAGAGCAAAAUAACAAUAAGUCUUCUGAGAAAGUUGUUGCUAUUUUUGAUUAUGAUUUUACAGAAGAUGAAGAAAGUAAUAUAGCGGAGAAUAUUAGAAAAGAAUGGUAUGAUUUCAAUAAGUUCCAGUCUGAGAUUUCUGAUAAAACUGUAUCUAGCACAUUUUUGGAAGAUGAACUGUUUGAGCAACAGAUGAAAGAUAAAAGGGAUUCAGAUGAAGUCACGCCAGAGAUGGUAAUUGCAGUGCAGGAAUUAUUAUCUCGUUUUGGUAUUCCAUAUAUAGUAGCCCCAAUGGAAGCUGAAGCUCAGUGUGCAGAAUUAUUACUUUUGAAAUUAGUGGAUGGUAUUAUAACAGACGAUAGUGAUGUGUUUUUAUUUGGAGGAGCAAAAAUCUAUAAAAAUAUGUUCCAAGAAAAGAAGUAUGUUGAAUUUUAUGAUGUUCAAUCUAUUAAUAGUAAUCUAGCAUUGGAUAGGAAAAACAUGAUAGACCUGGCGUUGUUGUUGGGUAGUGAUUAUACAAAUGGUGUGAAGGGUCUUGGACCUGUUUUGAGCAUGGAAGUUCUGGCGGAUUUUGGUACCUUAGAAAGAUUUAAAGAGUGGUAUGAUGAAGGAAUGUUUGAUAAAAGUAAACAAGAAAGCGAUAGUAAGUUCAGAAAGGAUUUAAGGAAAAAAUUAAUAAAGAAUGAAGUUGUAUUAAGUUCUGAGUUUCCAAGCAAGUUGGUAAUUGAUUCGUAUAUAAACCCUGAAGUAGAUCAUGAUAAAACUUCAUUUGUAUGGGGGACUCCUGAUUUAGAUAUGUUAAGAGAAUUCAUGAGAAGGCAGAUUGGAUGGCCUCAAGAGAAGUCGGAUGAAAUCUUGAUACCGUUGAUAAAAGAUAUCAAUAAACGUAAAGCAGAAAAACAACAACGUACAUUGAGUGAGUUUUUCCCUAGUGAACUAAUACAAGAAUCAAGACGAUUGAAAAUGAGUAAAAGAAUAGUUACUGCGACUGGAAAAUUAAAACAGAGAAGAACAAAGUAA